UAAAAGUAUAGCCUUUUGAACCUAUGAAUGUAUUGCAAACAAUUCGAUUUCUGUCCAAAUUCCGAGUGUAUAAUGGACAAAGAUGAGCGCGACUACUGGCACCUGCGGUCCAUAUACAACGAGAAAGUGCCGCGCUUUCCGCCAACAAACAUGGUCGAGCCUCUGACGGCCCGCAACCUGUUCCAACUGUACGUCAACACCUUCAUUGCAGCCAACCUGGCUGAGGCGUGUGUGUUUCCACUGGAUGUAGCCAAGACCCGAAUGCAGGUCGACGGCGAACAGGCCAAAAAGACGGGAGCACGAAUGCCUAGGUUCCGGCCAACCUUCAGUAACAUGAUCAAGGUGGAGGGCCUAAGGUCGCUCUACGCUGGCUUUUCGGCGAUGGUCACCCGGAAUCUGAUCUUCAACUCGUUGCGCGUCGUCCUGUACGACGUUUUUCGGCGCCCCUUUCUCUACGUGAACGAUCGAAACGAAGAGAUCCUCAAGAUCCAUUGGUCUCUGGGGUGCAGCUUCACAGCAGGCUGCAUAGCCCAGGCGCUGGCCAAUCCAUUCGACAUUGUGAAGGUGCGUAUGCAGACAGAGGGCCGUCGCCGACAGCUGGGCUACGAGGCGCGCGUGAGCAACAUGGUGCAGUCCUUCGUCGACAUCUACAGACACGGCGGUCUGCCCAGCAUGUGGAAGGGCGUGGGGCCCAGCUGUAUGCGGGCCUGCCUGAUGACGACCGGAGACGUGGGAAGCUACGACAUCAGCAAACGCACCUUUAAGCGCCUGCUGAACCUUGAAGAUGGCCUGGGGCUGCGCUUUCUUUCCUCCAUGUGCGCGGGGUUUAUGGCUUCCGUUCUCAGCACUCCGGCAGACGUGAUCAAGUCGCGGAUGAUGAAUCAGCCAGUGGACGAAAGUGGUAGGAACCUCUAUUACAAGAACUCCAUGGAGUGCGUCAAAAAGCUGGUUAGUGAAGAGGGCGCCCUGACUUUGUACAAGGGGCUGAUGCCGACCUGGUUUCGCCUCGGACCCUUCUCCGUCCUGUUUUGGUUGUCUGUCGAGCAACUGCGCCAGUGGGAAGGUCAAGUUGGAUUUUGACCGAAGACUUCUUAUGUUGGUGUUGUAUUGUAUAAGUCUUUGAAAAUACAAUAAAAGAUAUAAAUGACUGUGA